GCGCAUUCACAGCCCCGACAGUAAUACAACGUGCUGUCUCCUCCGCCCUAGUAGAAGACGAGGGAUAUUAGAAGUGUUAUUUUGCGCCAGCAGCAGCCACUGUAAAGUAAAAAGACAUCAAUGUUUUGGAGGUGGGGAACACACCACUAAUUUUGCUAUUGAAAGUCCAGCCUGCAUCAGAGUUAGCAUAACAUUUAUCUGUGUGAAUUUCUCGAACUCGAGGAGGAAGCUGCUUUGAGAGAAAUAUCCUCCUGUAUGUUUUCUACUGUUAACGUUAAUUCAACUAUAAGAAAUGUAGUGAACCAGUUGAGUUUAGCUGUGCUUGUGGACAAAAGCAGUAGUGUUUUACCUGAAGGAAGGCUCCAUUUUUAUUUUUUUUGUUCCCUGACUAAGAAUUUUUUUGUGAUAUUUAAUUUAUUUAGACAAUUUUGAGUGUUAAGACAAAUGUUUAUUUUUUGCAUUCCUGGAUAGUUAAGAGAUGAUUAACACGUUUGUAUUUCUUGUGUAAAUAUAAUUUGUGUUCAAAUAUUGUAAUUUGAUAAUAAAAUCCAGACAUUUAUUCUGGAAGUUUUCAAAAAUGUUUCUUGAGUAGUUUUUGGAAACAAAGGUUUGAAAUGAACGGUGUAUCGCCUGAAUCAAUACACAUGGCGGAAAACACUCAGGUGACUUGAAGUUCCGCUCUGAGACCCCCAAUUUGGCCAAACUCAAAAUUGUCCGAUAUGCAUGUGUGAUACAUCAUUGGAAAGCUUAAAAUCUCACUUUUCGGGGGGAAGAAAAAAUUUGAACAGAAGGGCAUAAAAAAAAUAAUAAAUAAAUAAAAAAUUAACAGCAAAACCCUAACUGGAGGUGAGAGCAAGCCAGAGCAGAAUUACAGACGCCAUGACUUUAAUGAGAUAUUAUCGUAUACUUACCUUGUUUCGAUCCAAAAAAUCCAUGUUGCAUGUAUCACUGAGUGUCAAGAUACAGCUGUGAAUGGUCACAGCUGGAUUUUUUGGGGGGAUUUUAUGGGUGAAACAUGGUAACAUAACAAGGGUCACGAUGCAGAAAUCGCAGACAUCAAGGAGUGGUCGAGAUGUUGUUUUUCAUAUAUUUACCCCUUUUAAACUUUUUUUUUCAAAUUUUCUUUGUUUGGAUUGAUUAUUUAUCAUCUAACAAAUCCGAGAAAAUGCGACAGUAACAAAAAAAAAAAAAAUACAAUUAAGCGAUAGUUAUGAGGUAGAUAUCCGUGACUUUUUUACAGACGCCAUUUUUUUCAUUGUGAUGUAAUUUGCUUAAAAGUUUAAAAUAUGUGAGUGAAUAAUCUUGUAGUUUAAAAAAAAAAAAAUUAUGAAGUAUUAGACAUCAAUUAAUGAUUCUAAGCUAAAAUGACAGACAUUUUGAAUAAUAAAUAUAAUGAAUUACCUUCGUUUUAUGGCUGGGUUGAAACAAAAGCAGUUGCGCGACGUCCGUAAACGGGAGUUUCCAGGGUAAAACGGACUAAUAAAAAAUAGUUCUGGGGCUUGACAUGCCAUGAAUCUGCUAUGGCAGCAUAUAGACGUAUUGUUUUAUCAAACACAGUUGUUUUGGCUUUUAAAGAGGAGUGCAAGAGCAGGAACUGCUUUUUCAGUCUUGUCUGUGUUUUUUGCCAUAUGCACUGCAAAAACCCACCUCCUUAAAACUGGGGAAAAGCAACAAACUUGUUUUCAGUGUAAAUUUACUAUGUUAAGUGAAAUGAUCUGCCAGUGCUUCAAGUAAAUUUCACUGAGUUCUUGGAAAAAGAAAAAGAAAAAAUCCACUCGGAGUUCUUGGAAAAAGAAAAAAAAAUAUCCGACUAGAUUUGAGAAAAAAUCAGAUGUUAUACAUUUGCAAUGUGAAAGUUAGUAUAAGGCAAUGCAGAAUUAUUGUCCUUGAAUUAUUUCACCUAUCAAUUAAUUUGGUUCAUAUCGGUGAGAAAUGUAGCCCUGACCCUCGUUCACCCAAUCUGUUUGGUCUUAUAAAUGUAACGUCCCCAGCAAAAAGUGUACAUGCAAGUUAUGCUGUUAUAUCAUCCCUACCAAAAUUGAAGCCAAAUUUACGCCCUUGCGUCACGCAUUCCCCCAUUUUUAAAAAAAAAUCAGCCUCGGUGGUGACUUUUACUUGCCAACAUGAAAUCUGGUGGGCUUCUCCAUCAUGGGUAGACCCACAAAAAAAGUCUCAAGAGCCUUGCUUGAAAACACAGGACAGGUCCACCAUUUUGGCCUGAAGCAGCCAUUUUAUGCAAAAGUGCAUUUAACAGGAAAAUAAUCAACUGUUCUUCUAACACUAUGUUAUGAAUAUGGUUUAUCCAAAGUUGUAGAGCAAAUAAAAUAUAUUGUAUACCCUACCAAAUUUGUUUAAAUGUGGAUAUUUUUCCUGUUGUUUGAUUGCCACCAACUGCAGUGUGACUUAAGGUCACAGUGUGGUGACGUCACUCUACGAGGAGGUGGAGACAAUGAAGUCAACACACGCACAGCACCUCUUAUUACACACAUGCAGUGAGUGAGUAGCUGUAAGCGAGUGUGUGCGUCCACGCUCCUAUCAAACGAGUCAUGCUCGUUGGUCUUUUGCGCCCUCUGUUGGCCGUUUGCGGUCUUGUGCAGCUGCGUGUGGCAACUGCUCUCCACUACAACCACAACAACGGGUUUUAUUACCAUGACGUGGGUGACGGCAACAGCAACGGAGAGAUCUAUUUCAACGGAGUACGCCUGUACGUUGAGUCCCCGCAGUCGUCCGUGUCGGCCACCAGGGGCAGCAGCGUCACCCUUCCCUGCCACUUCCACUACGAACCCGAGCUCAGCGCGCCGCGCCGGACGCGGGUCAAGUGGUCUUGGUUGCCCGCCAACGGCGCGCCCGCUCACCCGGUGCCAUCGUCGGCCUUUGCCUCGGAGACGGAGGUCAUGGUCGCCAUGGGCAACCGCCAUCGCAGCUACGGCGGGUUUCGGGGUCGCGUCCGCCUGAGACGUUCGGCGCCCGGCGACCUGUCCCUCGUCAUCAACGAGCUGCGUCUCAACGACACGGGACGGUACCGAUGCGAGGUGAUUGAUGGGUUGGAGGACGAGAGCGUCACCGUGGAAUUGGAGAUGCGAGGGGUCGUGUUUCCUUACUACUCCAACAAAGGACGCUACCGCUUGAACUUCCUGGCAGCCCAGCAGGCGUGUCAGGAUCAGGACGCCACGCUAGCUACGUUCGAGCAGCUCUUCACAGCGUGGGAAGAAGGCCUGGACUGGUGCAACGCCGGCUGGUUGGCCGACGGAACCGUGCAGUACCCCAUCACGGCGCCCCGAGCCGGAUGCGGAGGGUUGGACUUGGCUCCGGGGGUGCGCAGUUACGGGCUACGCCAUCGUCUCCUUCACCGAUUCGACGCCUUCUGCUUUUCGGCUUCCAUCAAAGGCACCGUCUACUUCCUCCAGCACCCGACCAAGCUCAACUUUACAGAAGCGGUCCGGGCGUGCGGUGAGAACUCGAGUCACAUAGCCAAAGUGGGCCAGCUGUACGCCGCCUGGAGGCUCGCCGGAUUGGACCGCUGCGACGCCGGCUGGCUCGCCGACGGUAGCGUCCGCUAUCCUAUCGUCAAGGCCCGCGCUAACUGCGGGCCGCCGGAACCGGGGGUGCGCAGCUUCGGCUUUCCCCCGCGCCAGCAGAAGUUCGGGGUCUACUGUUAUCGGUAGACUCUGGGACUACUUAAAGGUUACUAAGACUACAACUGACUGUGGUGGCGGUUUAUUAAUGCGUUUUUCUUACCGUACAGUUUGCUUUUCCGAGGCGGCUAGGAGCAUCCAAGCUGGGAAGCCGCUGAGGGGUAAGCUAACGUUUGGUGAGACAAACUUUACGAAAAUGUCUCAAUGAGGAAAAAAAUAGAACAAAAGGGUGAUUUGGUGUCUUUGCAUGAUUGAUUUUUUUGGUCAUAUUUACACUUGUUUGCUAAUGGAAGCUAACGUAGCCUUUUGUUUUUAUACAUACUGUUUAUAUCAAUGUGUUUUGUAUCAUUUUAUAACAAGCAAUAAAACUUGUG